GCGCAUUCGCUCGACGACGGCCUGGCAAGUCAGCCCCUCACAAACUGUAGGUAGGAACGGCCGGUACGUCCCCAUCUUUGCCGGCUAUCGUCUUCACACACGAAACAACUUCUCGCCAUCGAUACAUACGAUAGGUUGCGGGAUCCGUUUUGCUUGAUCUUUUGCUUUUGCAUCAUUGCAUUCUCUCUUUAUAUCCAAAGUCUCGAUUGACGUUUUCGCAACUCGGGUAGUUCUGGUUUUGCUCGGCUUUUUUAUUUUAUUUUAUUUUACUGGGGUUCCCCCAACCAAGCCUCCCGGGGCCACUGGUGUCCGGUUCGGCGCAGACUUGAUGAACAGGCCGAACCUUACGUUGCGAUUGAAAUAAACAACAACAACAACAACAACAGUAAUCUAGGCUUGUCAAAGUCUGCAAGAUGCAUUCCAGGCCAUAUUUCACCACUCCAAUCCUGCUAUGUCUAGCCCUGGCCCUCGUCUUCUGUCCAACCGUACCGGCUGCUGGUGUUAGACUAGACCACGGCUACGCUUCGUACCAACCGCCGCAGGCCCAAGCAAACAAUGGCGUUUUCCCCUUCCUUACAUGGCUGCGCAACUCGGCCGUUGAAUUUAUUUUUGGCCGGCCGGCCUCGGCUAAACCCAAGUCGGCACCGGCGCGGGGAAUGGGGGCGUUCAAUCCCCGAUAUUCUAAGGAGACGGUCCUUCGCUUUAACGUAUCGAGUCAGGAGGACGAAAAUGCUCUUGCCGAUGCCGCCGACCGGCUGUUCCUUGACGUCUGGGGAUUCACGCGAAACCACGUCGAUAUCCGCAUACACAAGAACGACGUCACACCGCUGCUGAGCCUCCUACCCGUCUCCCUCCGAGGCAACUUUUCAACUCUGAUCCCCGACCUUCCCUCCGCCGUUGCUGCAACCUAUAACAGACGCGUCAAGGACGAUACGCGAUUCGACCCGAGCAGCAGCAAGACGCUUAAGCCCUCGCUCAUUGACUCUGCCGAAGAGUUCGAUAAUGUCUUCUUCCGCGACUACCAGCCUCUACAUGUCAUUCAUCAGUGGAUGCGUCUUCUCGAGUCGAUGUUCCCCAAGAUAGUGAAGUUGGAGACCAUCGGCAAGUCGUUUGAGGGCCGCGAGAUUCUUGCGCUCAGGGUUGGAAAUAAUUUGUAUGCACAGGAUGCGGACAAGAACAAGGCGCCGCGAAAGACGGUGGUUAUUAACGGCGGCUUGCAUGCGCGCGAGUGGAUCGCGACUGCGACUGUCAACUAUCUCGUCUGGGCCCUCAUCACCUCUUACGAUCAGGAGCCUGUUCUGACUCGGUUCUUGAAUAACUACACGGUCGUUUUCAUCCCAGUAACCAACCCAGAUGGAUAUGUAUACAGCUGGGACUCUGAUCGUCUCUGGCGAAAGUCGAGGCAAGACACCCCGUUCAACUUCUGUCAUGGGCUUGACCUCAACCAUGCGUUCGACUUUGAGUGGAACCAGGACCUACGUGAACCAUGCUCGGAGGAUUACGGUGGUCAGAAGCCAUUUGAGGCUGUGGAGGCCAGGGAGCUCUCGCAAUGGGCCAAGAAGCAGGUGGAGGAAAAUCACGCUCAGUUUGUUGGGUUUAUCGACCUGCACUCGUAUUCUCAAGAGAUUCUUUAUCCUUUCGAGUACACUUGCGACCCGGAGCCGCCAAAUGUUGAGAAUCUCGAAGAGCUCGCCGCAGACCUGGCCAAGGCGAUCCGGCUAUCAAGCGGCGAGCAGUACGAUGUGUUCUCGGCUUGCGAGGGUGCUGUGCUUUCUCGGCAUGGCGGCCGCAGGGGACGGGUACAUAGGAUGGAGCCGCCCGGCGGGUCGGCCAUGGACUGGUUCUACCAUGAGAUGCACGCCAGGUACAGUUACCAGAUCAAGUUGAGGGACAGGGGUAGCUACGGCUUCCUACUUCCCCCUGACGCCAUCAUCCCAACGGGCAAGGAGGUUUUCAACGCGCUCAAAUUCUACGCGGACUUUCUUGGCGGUAACAAUGGGAUUGAGAGAGUGUCGUCGUCGAGGCCAUUUGGGCCGGUUACGGCACAGAAGCCAGAAGAUGUGGAUGCAGAGAUUGAUGAGAUGGCCGAAUUGAAGAAGCGCCGGAGAAAGCGCUAAACAAAGCUGCCUCAUCUCGGCGUCAAAUUUAACGCGACCUUUUCCGCUUCAUAACUGCCAUUUCUAGUGCCACUUUGGCCUUUUUUUCCCUUCCUAUUGGAUCUUUCUACUUGGGAGUCAGGUGUCUUUGUUUAGUACUUUUGGGGGGGUUACAGAUAGCCCUUACCUGGUGGUAAUGAUGGGAUUUGUACCAUUCUGAGCUGAGUUUCUUGGGAUUUCACGUUGAAAAGCAAGCAGAAUGAUGGAUUGGUAUCAGUAUCGGAGCAACUACAGGCUUCAGUGCGGACUUGUAAUAUGUAUCUACCUAAAUCUGGAGGUUUCUCAAGAACUAGAUUCCAGUUCUAGUCUAGAACUAGACUAGCCUAGUGUGCCGACAGUAGUGGGUUCAUAUCAAGAUCGACAAUGGUUUAGAUAGUCUAGUCAGGGACUUCUCCCACGAGCAACGUGAACGGACGAACAGCGUGGAUCGGCUUGAAUGAUACGGCCGCUCAGGUCGGAGCAUCGCCUAAAAACAAGGCAGAUGGAAUGACGUUCCAAAAAUAGGUGGGAAACCAACUCUCUGCUUCUAAGUUCAGGUCAAAAUCGGUACUCACAAUAAGAAAGCAAACUCGAAACCCAUUUGGACCAGCCUGCGGAAUUCCGCCCACUGCCGCGUACUCGUACACUACUAUACUCAGUGAAUUAAUUAGUCAUCCGCGAAUG